AUUAGCUUUAAACAUUUUAGAGAUAUGACUCAUUACUGAAAAUGAAAUUAACUUUGGGCCACAUUUUUCAGAGGAUUGUGGUUUCCUCCCAAAUUUUGAUGGUCAAAAAUCUAAAUCCCUUGUUUGUUCAGCGAAAAAUGGUUGCAAAAGGAUAUGAAAUAGGAGAUUUAGUUUGGGCAAAAAUGAAAGGCUAUCCUGAUUGGCCUGGAAAAAUAAGCGAUCCACCAAAUGGAGCCAAUAAAAAAGGAAAACAUUAUAUCUUUUUUUUUGGAAGCAAAAAUUUUUCCUGGAUUACAGACGACAAAAUAAAAUAUCAUUCUGAAGAAUUGUUGAAAACAGUUACAAAAAAGAAAUAUGCUUUUUUUGAGGAAGCGGUUGAAGAAAUAAAAACAGAGAGCAAAAAAACAAAGAGCUCUGUCAAGAUUGUCAGUGAAGAAAAAGAGGUAAAAUCUGUGGCUAAAGCCAGUAAAGAAAAUGAUAGCAAAGAAUCAACACCUGUGAUAAAAAAAUCUCCCAAGAAACGCAAAAGCGACAUACCAGUUAAACUAUUUCCCAAAGAAAAAAAGUCUGAAAAUUCGCAACCUAAAAAGCCUGUUGCUAAAAUACCCAAAAAACGUCAUUUAUCAGGUACAGAGGAUUCCGCUGGUUCUUCAAAAAAAUCUAAGGGAGAUUACACUACUCUAUUUGAAAGUGUUUUGCCUAGUAUGGGAGUCAAUAAUCUUGCUAUUUACAAUUUGCCUGAUGAAAUGGAUGCAGAAGUUACUGCUCCUAUUAUUCCUUCUACUCCUAAAAUUAGCAAAAGCGAAUCAAAAAAUGUUGAACCGGAAUCUUCCAAAUCUCCAAAAGCUAAAACCAUUGGCUUCAUAGGACUGGGUAUGAUGGGACAAGGCAUGGUCAGAAACUUAUUGAAUGCUCAGCAUUCCUUAUGGAUAUGGAAUAGAACCCCUAGUAAAUGUGAUCCGUUUGUUGAGAUGGGAGCCAUAAAAGCAUUGACACCAGCCGAAGUAGUGAAGAAAAGUGAUAUUACGUUUUGCUGUGUAUCUGACCCACAUGCUGUUAGAACAAUCAUGUUUGGAGACAGCGGUGUUCUUAAAGGAUUUGAGAACUGUCCACUGAAAAGCAAAGGAUAUGUUGAGAUGACAUCAAUUGACGCUGAAACUUCAGUUGAAAUAGCAGAAGCUGUCGAAAACGCAGGGAUGAAAUACCUUGAAGCUCCUAUUAUUGGAUCAAAAAAGCGUGCAGAUGAUGGAACCAUAUUGAUCCUGGGAUCAGGUGAUCGUGACCUUUUCCACGACUGCGAAUCUUGCUUCCAUGCUAUGUCAAAUCAUGCGUAUUACAUAUCAUGCACUGUUGGAAAAAGUGCAAGCAUUAAUAUAAUUACAAAUAUGUUUUUGGGUACAACAUAUGCUGCAUUAGCUGAGGCCUUGGCUUUAACUGACCGCAUAAAGCUCUCUCGGUCCGAUCUGUUGGAAAUCCUUGAGUUACGUGGAAUCACUAGUCCUCUGGUUAUGGACAAAGGAAAAGCUAUUGUUGAAAAUAAAUACAAACCAGAUACUUAUUUGAAACAUCAGCAAAAGGAUUUAAAUUUGGCGCUGUUAUUGAGUGACCAUUGCGAUCAGCCAUUGCCAGUAACCAGGGCUGCGAAUGACGUUUAUAAGCAUGCUAAACAACUUGGAUGUUCCAAUGACGAUGCCGCUGCCGUGUAUCAUGGUGUAUGGUAUUAAUUUCAUGAUAGUACUUUACUAGCUCUACAAAAUUCUCAUGUAAGCUGAAAUUGUUGUAUGACUCAUCUUUGUUGCAUAUAUUUUUGAACAUUAUUUCAUUUGCUAAUAAAACGACUGUCACUAA